AUGUCAACUGCUGAUGAAAUUCUUGUGUUAGCAGAAAAAUUUUCAUUGUAUUUCACCAUCGUUAUUUUCGUCACCGGUACUAUAGGGAAUCUUUUGAACUUUGGCGUACUAACUACUUCAAAACGCUUUCGGUCUAAUCAAUGCGCUUUCUACCUAAUUAUUGAAUCUAUUGUUGAUACCUGUCAACUAUCGAUUAUUUUUAUUAUUUAUAUUUUGCCAUUUAUAUACGGAUUUUCGCCUGGCAAUAUCUUCAUUGUCUGGUGUAAAUUAAAGAAUAUAUUACCACAAGUAUUUCGAUUACUGUCAACAUCAAUGGUAUGUUUUGCUGCAUUCGAUCAAUUUCUUUGCACGAAUCCUCAAUGUUCAAUGCGCCGAAUCAGUUCAAUUCAAUUAGCUCGUCGUCUCACACUAACAGCCAUUUGCAUUUGGACUAUUCACGGUAUACCGUAUGCUAUUUUUUACCAAAUUAUUCCAUCAAAUGGCUGUAUUAUAACUAAUACUAACUUAAUACAUUACUAUUCUUAUUUUUAUUAUCCUAUUUUGCAUGGAUUAUUUCCAAUAUUGACUUCCUGUUUGUUUAGUCUUUUAGCUUAUCGAAAUGUUCGUCAUCUUGUACGACGACAAGUAGCCGUGGUGCGUCGAAGACUAGAUCGGCAAUUAACAGCCAUGGUUUUCUUGCGCGUAAUAUUUUUUGUACUACUUUUGACGCCAUAUACUAUCUAUCGUAUUUAUUCACUGAAUGUCUUGGUUAGUAUAACGGAUCUCGGCCCAUAUGCUGUCGAUCAGUUGAUAUAUUCAAUCAUGGCGUCACUAAUAAAUUUAAAUUACAGCAUGAAUUUUUAUAUUUUUUUUUUAUCAUCCUCGCGAUAUCGACGACAAGUGAAAUUAUUUUAUUCUAAAACCUGUUGCCGGUUUUUUAAAUUAAAUUGUAAUACUAAUCAAAAUGAAAUAAACCCUUCGGAUUGA